AUGAGAACUCCAGGAUGCGGCUCCACUACGUGCAACUCUCCCGCAUGGUUUAGGUCUCGGGCCUGGUUCCGCGAGGUGCACUACGGGUCUAUAAUUGGCGACCUAUGCCGGGGUUGGAAUCGGGUUGAGAGAGAACCGAGUCGUCAAAACCUGCCAGUCCGGCAUCCUGAUUCAAGAAUCCCGGGAGCGGGGAAGUUGCAACGGCUGGGGGAAUGCAACCCAGGAUCCCGGACCGGCUCAGACUCUUGGUCAUUUCUGCCGAUGGGUGAGUACCUACAUGUAAAGUCUCGAGACUCAAGAGGAGGCUCCCGAGCGAUCCUAGCACAGCUCAUGGAACGUAAGCUUGGACUACAAUUGGCGAGCAUCUCAUUGGUGGUCGUAACUACAAGGACGGAAAGGUCGGGGCUAUUGGUGACAAGGGUGCCUUACUUAUGUUAG